AUGCAGCCCUUCAGCCUCAUCUUCUGCUUCCUCAUCUUUCUCCUUGAUGGUCUGAGUUCCAGGGCUGCUCUCGCAGCCUCUCUGCCUCCGGCCUCUGAUCUCCAGGGGACGCUUCAGCCCUCUGGAAUGCCUACUGGUACUCCAGAAAAUUUUACUAGAGAUCAACCUACCCCAGGAUACCCUGCAACCAAUCCUCCUGAGCACCCCAGGACCCCGCCCUCAGCUUCCCCUCACAUUUCCAUAAAAAACUUAAGGGAGACCCCCAGCCCCAGCCUUUCCCUUUCUCUAGAGACUCCCACGCCUGACCAGCUCACCUCAAUAGCAGAAUCCCAGGGUACUUCACAAAUGAGCCCCUCCAAACCAACACUUGCUAAACCUUCUGAGACCCCCAUACCUGACACAACUGGAAUUCCCCCAUCUGAAUCUCCUGAAACCCCAAAACCUAAUCCCUCCAACACCUCAUUCUCAGAGUCUCCUGAGACUGCACACACUGACCUCAUGCCAACUCUACACCAUAAAUCCCCUGAACUCUUCAAAGGAGACAUCCCCAAACUUUCACCUGGUGAAGGGCCUAAGAUACAAAGUCCUAGUCCCACCCAAUUCCUCAGCUCCAAAUUCCUGGAGACCUAUGACUCUGGUGCCACCAGGAACCUCAAUUCUGCCUUACUACCAACCACCCACCCUACAGAAAGUCCACAGUCAGCCUUUCUCACUACCCACAACUCCAAUCUCACUGACGUCCCCCAAACACAAUUCCCCACACCUCCCAAUCAAAGUGUAACAGAAAUAGCUAUGACCUCUGACUUGGGAACCACCUCUAGUCUUCCUACCCAACCAACAACCUUCAGAGAGGAAGCCACCACUCCUAGUAAGCCAGGCCUGAGUCCCAGUCCAGAAGCCCCUGCAGCCACCCAAGCUGCCACUCCUGGCCUGUCCACCUCAGAUUCCCUAGGGACCAAAGAGCUACAUGUACCCCAGAACCCAGGCCCUAAAGGGCCAGAUAUCCCUCUUCCCUCGGCACGGAUUGCAGGGCCCCCUGCUCCUCUAGAGCACCCCAAUCAGGUAGCCCCUGCCGUGCCUCAGGCUCCUCAGAGACACAGCCGAGGAGACACAGUCGAUACUAUCAUCGUGGUGGAGAGAGUGAAGGAAACCGGGGUGACUCUGGUCAGCCGCCCACGCGGCUCCGUCGGGGGGGCUCUGUGCCUGUUCUUCGCGGUGACAGGGAUGCUGAUUGGCAUCUUCCUCCUGCUGUGGUGCCUCUACCGCCGGGCCUCCAGACACAGGUCCUUUGCACACCACCGGCUCCAGGACAGCGGAGAUGAACCAGUCUUGCACCUGAAUGCCCCGAAGGACCCGCUGGAUCUCUACUUCUAUGCCUCCGAUGCGUGGGUGCCCUCGCACAUCGCCACGCACCAGCCGCCUCCCACGCCCCCGCUGCCGCCCAAGCUGCCCCCUCCGCCUCGCGGGCCGCAGCGCCUGGAAGCCCUGUCACCCGCCGCGCUGUCCCCCAACUUCGUCUGA